AUGCAGCAACCACAGCAGCAGCAGCAGCAGCAGCAGCAGCAGCUGCUGCUGCCUCAGCAGGAAGGCGAGUCCUCGGGCUCUCGAAGCCCUCCAGGGCGAUGGGAGUCGGGAGCCGGGGUGUCGCUCAUGGACUUGGAGACCCCAGAGGACGCGCAAGCCCGGAAUCUGGGCCGAACCAUCAAAUCCUCGAAGCUCCAGGUGCGCCAGAUCCUAGCCGAGUACGAGGCCCUGGACCGGGAGCUGCCCUGCAUCCGCAAGUUCCCCAGCCCACCCCCGGCCCAGCCCCUCUGCCUGUGCAUGGAGACUGCGCCCGAGUACGACUUCACCCACCUGGACCUGCUGAAUGCCCUGGAGGCCGAGGUGCCGGGCGCCCUGGAGAGCGGGCGGGUGAGCAGCAUCCGCUACGAGAACAUGAACGUCAUCUGCGGCACGGCGGGCCGCAAGGACCGGUGGCUCAUCACCGUCACGGACUUCCAGACCCGCUCGCGCCUGCUGCGCUCGGGGCUCCGCCCGCGCGGGAUCCUUCACGCCCUGGCCCGCCACGACGAGCUCCUGCUAGGAGACUAUCGCCUGCACCUGCGCCGGGCCCUGGCGCGACGGCGCAUGCUCGAGGCCCUGGGAGCGGGACCCACCGAGGAGGACUGA